UUCUCGCCGCUUGCAGAUGUCGGAGGCCCUGGCCAAGCAGCUGGCCAGCUACAAGGCGCAGCUGCAGCAAGUGGAGGCGGCGCUCUCGGGCAACGCCGACAACGAGGACCUGCUCAAGCUGAAGAAGGACUUGCAGGAAGUUAUUGAACUUACCAAAGAUCUGCUUUCAACACAACCUUCAGAAACACUUGCAAGUUCCGACAGUUCUGCUUCUGCCCUGCCCAGUCACUCCUGGAAGGUUGGGGAUAAAUGUAUGGCAAUAUGGAGUGAAGAUGGACAGUGUUAUGAAGCUGAGAUUGAAGAGAUAGAUGAGGAGAAUGGUACAGCUGCAGUCACGUUUGCUGGAUAUGGCAACGCUGAAGUCACCCCUCUGUUCAACCUCAAACCUGUGGAAGAAGGAAGAAAAGCAAAAGAGGACAGUGGCAACAAACCCAUGUCCAAAAAAGAAAUGAUUGCCCAGCAACGAGAAUAUAAGAAGAAGAAAGCUUUGAAAAAAGCACAGAGAAUCAAAGAACUUGAACAGGAACGGGAGGACCAGAAAGUCAAAUGGCAACAGUUCAACAACAGAGCCUACUCUAAGAAUAAAAAAGGCCAGGUCAAGAGGAGUAUUUUUGCUUCUCCUGAGAGUGUAACUGGCAAAGUUGGAGUUGGAACAUGUGGAAUUGCAGACAAACCCAUGACACAGUAUCAAGAUACCUCUAAAUAUAAUGUCAGGCAUUUAAUGCCUCAGUAAUAGGAAAAAAGGUUAAACUUCAUCUCUGCAGGGCUUUACACUUCUCUUUUUAUCAUUAUAUUUUUCUAAAAGUAAAUUAUUUGUUGGCACGUAGUGAAUAGUCCAUUUUUGUCACCAUCACUUGGCUUCAGCUGAUAUGAGCCUUAAAUCUACAGCUAUUGAGUUGACUCCUUUAAUCAUUACCAAACUUUUUAUAGUCGUCAGUUCUGCAGACAAAUGUUUUCUUGAACUGCUGUUAGCCGCUGUGUUGAAAACAGCAGUUAGCUGAAACAGGGAUCUCCAGAACCUUCCAUUCAUACUUUGAGUGAGGGUAAUCAUCAGAAAAGUGACUGUAUAAAAAAAAAAAAUGGCACCUUAACAGCUCUCUCUUGUCUCAAAGUCAGUUCAACCUGCUUGCUUUAGUGACAAGCUUAGCAUUGGAGAGCCCUAUACCGCUCUGAGAGAAUUAGCUGGAUUCCACCUAAGCUUGUAUAUAAAUGGAAUUGUUAAUGAAGUUCUAAGUUACUACCUUGCAAUCCCAGUGAAGACAGUCGAUCUGUAAACUGUAAAGGAGGGUAGAGUUCGGCGCAUGGAAAUUUUUUAUUACCAGUAACUGUUCACGAGCUAGAAACAACGUGACCUGACUUCUCGGUUCCAGGCUGAAUUUCCCGGACUGUGAAUUAAACUGGAGGGAAACAUCCCUACCGGUAGAAGCAGCAAACUUGAACUGCGAGUUGGAGAGACGACCAAGAAACCGUAAGAUGGCAUUUUUAGAGAGUCAAAUUACAGAGUAGAAAGGCGCUUUAAAAUUGUGGAUUUAAAGUGUUGGGAGAAUUUAGGUUAUACACUCUGAAAGUAGACCGUGAGAACUGCUGGGUUCUCCAGUGUGGUUAUGAGAUUUGAUAAUGUACAGCAAAUCCCCAGCAUCUCGUUGAGUAGCUUGUGUGGGUUUCCAUCCAUUUAAACAGAACUGAAGCACAUCGGAUAAGAAUGCCUGGAUCCUAUUUAGUUAGUUGUAAAUGAGUAAAGGUUAGUCUGAAUUUUUUGCCCCAAUGUUCAUUGUAAUUUCGGCCAUAUUAUGGUGUCGUUGAGCCCUUUCAAUUUUAUUCAGGAAACAAUGUGUAAAAGCUCUUGCCUUUUUGUACUUUCUGUAUGUGAUUGCUUUCCUUUGUUACUUGUCGCUCACUUACGGUAGUGGUGCCAUCUCUGAAUCCGUAACGUGUUUAAAACAAAAGUUAAUAGAUAGCCCUGUAUACAAUGUAGAUAUUAUUUUUGUAAAAUCUAGGGCUGAGUUGAUGAGCAAGAGUACUGAACAAUACCUGCUGAAUAAUUCAAGGGUAUUUCUUGUUCAUUAAUCCUGACCACGUUUCCCCUGUAUAUUAUGUUAUAAUGUAGCUCAUUUUGUAAUUUGUUAACUAGAUCAGGUCACGUCAGCAAUUGUUGAUGCACUGAUUGGUGGAAAUGUCCAUCAUCUACCCGAGUCACAACUCAAGCUAGACUCUGCAACUGAUAGUUUAGAAUCCAUGCAUAGAAAAAGGUUCUUCCUGUUAACGGAAGAAGGUGAUUUUUAUGACUACAAAGUGUGUUAAUUUCAGUUUUGUAUGUUUAACUUUUAUUAAAUAAAGUGUUUAAAAUCUC